GCCUUUGUAGAAUCACCUUCAAACUUGAAUAAAUUCUUACUCAAAAAUGAUCGAUAUAAAUCCGAAUAAACGCCUUCACUAAUCGGUAACACUGUGCGUCCUAAUCGAGAAGCACCUACAUAUUUGAUAAUAAUAUUAAGUUUUGCAGCAAAGUUUAUCGUGAAAGUGUUGUGAAUAUAUUCCGAAUAUUUUUAGAUGAGGGUAGAUGAUGAAGAAUGUUAGAAUUAUCUCGAAAACAAGUUCCAACGACAAGGCAUCUAUAGCUAUGAAAAUGUGUGUUAGAAGCUAAUUAGUAUAAAUGGCACAUCUACGUUGUAGCAGCCCCUUUCGUCUUCGGCCUACGGAUAAAGAUAGCUUCCCGUUUCCGGAUACUAGGAACGCAGGCAAUCAAGAUAGUGUGAUGCCCAUUUCUGCACUGAUGCAGGGACUCGGCGGUGGUAGCAUGCUGCCUCAGCAGGAGCCAAGAGUUGCCGAUUCAGCACCAUCAAUGUCAGAAAUGGAGGAGAUGAUGAUGAAUAUUCAUUUAAACGGAUCAACGGAUUUAUUUAACGAAGACGCCGGGAGUAACUACUUCACAGGUUACAAUAGCAGCCGUUCUGAUGCGUCACCGACUAACGCUUGGCUCGACAGUGCGACCAGUAAUUUGCAAAUUUCCAGAAGUAGUGACGCGAUUGACGUGUUUGACUUUCUCAUGAAAAGUCUAUCAUCGGCAAAUAACUUCUUGUCGACGUUGACUCGUGAACAGACGUUUGUACUGAAAUCUAUUCGGCCCAGUCUGCUCUAUGAAUUCUUGCAAGAAGUUGCGAAGGCUCGCAGUGACCGGCGCGUUCGCCGCGCUUUGCCUAACGAAUGUGCCUUCUGCAAGAAUAAUGGAGAAAACGAAGAGUGCUACUCUUCACACGCUUUGAAGGAUUGGCGCGGUCGUGUGCUGUGCCCAGUAUUGCGCGCGUUCCGCUGCCCUCGCUGCGGCGCCACCGGCGAUAGAGCCCACACAAUCAAAUACUGCCCGGAGAGCCCUGUCAUGGGUACAAGUGCCGCGGGCCUGGCGUCUCGUCGCCGAAUUCCGCCAUCCACGUCGCUGCUGUUGAAUGCUCCACGCAGUCAGACGGGCACGGCCACACCUUCGGCCUCGCCCGUCACAUCACAGCCCAACCCUAUGUCGUCGUACACAUCUCUCUGGACCAGCUUAGGUCUUCAAUCAAUUCAAUGAUUUUUGGAUUAACUUUGAACAGAAGCGUUCCAUAUACACAUUAUGGUGUUUUGUUUGAAUUGGUAAUAUGACCGGUACGGAGAAAUUUGACUUCAAACUAAAGGUACGUUUUGAAUGUGAGCUGCCGACUGCUUGAAAACAAUCGAUAUCACUGGUGUACCAGUUAUUAUAUUUCAGAUACACUGGUCUACAUCAUUUUUGUCCCAAAGGUGAAAUAUCGUUAAAAAUCGCGUUUAAAUCUUCAAAUCCCGACGUGCUAGUGCAACUUUAUGUUCUGGACCUCGAUUAUGUAUCAAAUAUUCUACAAGAAAUUAUAUAUUUCACCUUUUUGACAAAAAUUCUUUAAGUAGAAUAGUGUAUCUGAGCACGACUGCACGUGCUGUUGCCGCUUCGACCCAAAACAUGCCGCUUGCCAUUCAAAAUGUACCUACCUUCAAACUUGUCUUGCUGCGGAUUUCCAAAAACUUGUAAUUGUUUAGAACGCUUCUAUAGUAUAUAAACGAGUAUUUAAGACUUUCUGUUAAUUUACUAGGUAAAUGCUUCUGUAUCACGGCUACCGUUUUGUCUCUGAAACCAUAGUUUGGAAAUACUGUUUUCUGUUCUAAAUAUUACAAAUGGUAUUUUCUAGCAGAAGACUUUAUUUUGGACUAAUCUCGUUCAUUUUUCUACUUCGUUAGUAAAAGAGUGAACUUUAAAAGAACAUUAGUUCUACGGAAACUACAACCUUACAAAAGCACGCAGGUCGUGUUUUGCUAAUCUCAAACUUGAGUGGUUUCAGAUAAUUAGUUAUUUAAGUUUUUUCUCUAAUUAAUUUUUCAUUGGUUUUUAAAUAAAUAUAAUUAUUAUCAUCAAAUGUCAAAAGUUGAUUAAAAUUUGUAAUUUGUAUCUUCAUGACGUCACGAUAAGUAUUUUUACAUGUCAACCAACAACUGAAUAGUUAAAAUCGAAAUGAAUUUAUUUUUAAUGUCGAUUCAUUCAUAUUUGUAUAACAUAAUCAAUUCUCAUUAUUUAAUGUACACUGUCAUACUUCUGUAAUUAUACCUAACUUUGGCAAAAACCAGUGUGUACCAAUGAAAAAUAUUUCUAAUAUAUAUUUCUGAGCAUCA